AUGGAGAAAUCUUCUUUUGCGAAACUUAUUGACAUCAGGAAGGAGCGCAAGCCGUCCUGCACUCUUUGUAGCAAUCAUGGAAUACGUUCAAGCCUCAAAGGACACAAGCAUAAUUGUCCUUUCUUGCGCUGUCAUUGUGAGCGAUGUGUCAAGGGACGUCUUAAAAGGGACAUCAUGAAACAGCAAGUUCGUCUUCGAAGAAAACAGAUGAAGGACAUUGUAAACCAUCCUUACUGUGGAACUCCUGUAGAAUCACUAGGUAAAUUUCAAAGCUUUAAUUUCGCUGUUCUUUUUUGUUGUUGUUCUUUUGUAACGAACGUAGUUUUCUUAUUUGCUAAUUUUUGUUUUUUGUUUCUUUCGUUUUUCCUGUUUUGGCAAAAAAGAAAAACAUUGUUAAGUUUACAAGAACUUGUCCUCUUUACAACAGCAGAGGUUCCAAACUGACGAAAUUUCUAUUAAGCUGAUUUAUUUUUAUACCUUAAUUAACGGUGCUAUUUUUAGCGUGCUUAAUAAUUUUAAAACAGCGCUUUAGUUUUUUAACUCGCAGAAAAAGCAACAUAGUGUUUUACCGUAAUUUCUGUUUACUGCUCAAUGUAUUUUUUUUUAGUGGUGUUUCAAGUCUCUUGUUCACUUAAGUUAACAUUUUCGUUUGCAUGUUUUUGCAGUAAACAUAUCUUCGUCGGUUGUGAAAAACGAAUCUUCGUUGAAAGAAAACAGCAGCGUCCUAGACGAGAUCCACGAGGCAUUCCCCAAACUUGGUGGUCGCUUAGUGCAAAGCGUUUCCAACAUUCUGCAAUCUCCGUUUAACGUCCCAAGACAGCAGUCGUACAACUGUAGUGCGUAUCUUCCGACACCCUUUCAGUUGUGGACCAUGUGCGAUGGGCAAGUUUGUCGCUACAACAGCUGGCCCGAGCAAGGCAUUCCUUCUUGUCCCGUGGAACCUCUAUCCUGUUCAGGAUUUUCCAUCUCCGAUAACAGUGCAUUUGUGAAGUACCGCAGUCUGCCUCCGAUAGCGGACAACAGCUCUUUCAGGUCUGGCCAUUCGUCCGAAGAAGUUGCUGCUGUUUUAGCGUCGUUUGGAAGUCCGGAGCAGAGAAUAACAACUUGUUAAAAAAAGAAAACUUUUCAUGCCACUUGGACAAAAACAGGCUCUGUUUUGGUUUCUUAUAUUGCAAGUAUUGAAUAUUCCCGAAGAGACCAAUAUAAAAACUUUGUUAUUAAGAAAGUCUUUUAAAUAUAUUUCAUACUGGUUGUUCAAACAGCAGACUAUAGUUUUGUUUGGUAAACAAAACGGAUAAAUUUUCUUCACGAGGAUUACUGAUUUACGAAGAGAAAAAGAAGAAAGUGUCUUGUUUUUACGCGAUUUAGAUGUAGUCUUAUUGUUUGUCCUUAAUUGUUUCAAUAAAAACUAAUUGCUUUAUUAAAGAUGUUAACAAUCUCAUCGAUGAGGAAG